CGAGACCUCGCAGAAAUGACCUGGUGCGUUCUCAGAGGAGUAGGAGAAGAAGAAGAAGAAGAAGAAGAAAGGGAAGAAGGAGAAGACGUCAGUCUUUAAAUGUCAGCUGCUGUUUUUUGUGGUCGUACUGGUUCCAGUGUUUCUGCUGCUGCCAGACUCACAAUCCUCCUAUUGUGACGUCACAACACCACACGGAGGCCACACAGGUGACGGGGCAGGAGAAAGAGGAGGAUGUCCUGGCCCCCCGACCAUGACACCGCGAAAAAGUCUGGAGAAGAACAAGACAAGGCCAACUCCAUCCCGCAUCUCGUUGCCAUGACAACACUGAAGAACAGCCCCGCUGACCAGCCAGAGGCCUGUCCGGACUUCAGCUCGGAGUCGGGGGAGGAUGCGGGCGCGGCGCUGUCGGAGGCUAACAGGGUGGCGUUACCGUGGCGACAGAGGGAGGAGGAGCAUGACGAGGUGGAGACGCGGGCGGUGGCCUCGUCUCCCGACGGGCGAUUCCUCAAGUUCAACAUCGAGAUCGGGCGAGGGUCCUUCAAGACGGUUUACAGAGGCCUCGACACCGAGACCACGGUGGAGGUGGCCUGGUGUGAGCUGCAGACCCACCGUCUGAACAAGGCAGAGCGGCAGCGUUUCAAUGAGGAGGUGGAGAUGCUGAAAGCCCUUCAGCAUCCCAACAUCGUCCGAUUCUUUGACUCCUGGAAAGCGACACUGAAGGGCCACAAAUGUACCAUCCUAGUGACGGAGCUCAUGACGUCUGGGACACUUAAAACUUACCUGCGCAGGUUCCGUCAGAUGAAACUAAAGCUGCUGCAGCGCUGGAGCUUCCAGAUCCUGAAGGGGCUUCAGUUCUUGCACUCGCGCUGCCCUCCCAUCUUGCAUCGAGAUCUUAAGUGCGACAACGUCUUCAUCACCGGACCCACCGCUUCCGUUAAGAUCGGAGACCUGGGCCUCGCCACGCUCAAGAAGGCCUCGUUCGCCAAGAGUGUCAUCGGGACUCCAGAGUUCAUGGCUCCAGAGAUGUAUGAGGAGAAGUACGAUGAGGCGGUGGAUGUUUACGCCUUUGGUAUGUGCAUCCUGGAGAUGGCGACCUCCGAGUAUCCAUACUCUGAGUGUCAGAACGCUGCCCAGAUCUACCGCAAGGUCACCAAUGGAGUAAAACCAGACAGUUUUUCCAAAGUAAAAGUUCCUGAGCUGAAGGAGAUCAUCGAAGGCUGCAUCCGAACCAAGAGCAGUGAGAGGUUCACGGUUCAGGACCUGCUGGACCACAGGUUCUUCCAGGAACACGCGGGCGUCCACGUGGAGCUGGCUGAGGAGGACGACGGUGCAAAGGCAGCGCUGAAGCUGUGGCUCCGGAUGGAUGAUAACAAGAAGCUUCACGGCAAAUACAAAGACAACAACGCCAUUGAGUUCCUGUUCGAGUUGUACAAAGACGUCCCAGAGGAGGUGGCGCAGGAGAUGGUGGUCCUGGGAUUCGUGUGUGAGGCGGACUAUAAGGUGGUUGCCAAGGAGAUCAGACACCGAGUGACGACUAUAAAGCGCCAACGAGAGAAACAGCGUCGCCUGCUAGAGGAGGCUGCCAACCGCCAGAAGGAAGCCAUCAUUGAGGAGGAGCCUGACCCCGCCCCCCAACCACCCGAACCAUCCAAUCAGAAACCUGCAACGGCCACAAACGCAUCUGCUGCUGGAAGAUUGGCCAAUCAGCAGGACUCACCCCCCACCUGGAUACAGCCAACCCCCACGGCAACCAUCACAUCGUCGUUUCGGUCAUCGAGCAGCAGCCUGGUGGAUUCUGGCAUCAGCAGCGUCUCCAGCAGGACAGAAGGAGACAAAGAUGAGGAAGAUGAUAAGACCACCAAACACACACCCUACUCCUCUGCCACAUCCGACUGUGAGACGGACAUCUCCGUCAGCUCCUCAGGUUUUGAAGCGCCACCUUCACCUGUCAUAAACCCCACCCCUGCUCCCGUGGCUCAGGAAGCCCCUAAACCUGAGGCUCCUCCCCCUGUGACCCGACCUCAUUUGAAAGCUCCACCCCUCCCAGUUCUGCGUUUCCCCAAGAGUAUUGCUGUGUCCAACAAUGCUGAGCGGCUGCCACAUGUCUCACAUGUUAGCGGCUUCUCUUCACCUGCUGACAGCUACGCGUCUGAUGUGACUUCAGGAUUGAGUGAUGGCAACGAUGGCCAAUCAGAUAAGGGUAUCCAGGAUGCAGCUAAAAGGGCAGCAGCAAAGCAUUUCAGGAGGAGAGCAAGGGCUCGUCUGAGAAUCAUUGGGGUGUCUGACAUGGUGGAUCGGGUGGUGGAGUGUCAACUGCAGACUCACGACAGUAAAAUGGUGACGUUUAAGUUCGACCUGGAUGGAGACAAUCCCGAGGACAUUGCGUCAGUGAUGAUCCACAGGGACUUCAUCUUGCCGUUGGAACGGGAGGGAUUUAUCGUUCGCAUGUAUGACAUCAUCAAGAGGGCGGAGGCAAUGAUGCACCCACUACAUCUGACUGACUCCGACAGGUUGACUCACUUGACCAGCUCCACAGCACCGAACUCCCAGUCGAACCUGUCAGCACAGGGCCUUUCCAGAACUCUGUCUUCGUCCUCAUUACCAGACAUUGAUGAUGCGGACCCCUCCCCCUUGAAGUCAGUUGAUUUCUACGUUGAUGCUGAGGCCACGCCCCCCGUUAGACCACUGAGGUCACAGUCCUUCAACACUUCAUCAACUUCCUCCUAUCAGCCACCUCCAUCAUCUCUCCAUUAUGCCCAUCCAGAUUCUUUGGCACAUCCCCCCCCUCACAUCCCUCCCUCUCCCCAGUAUCGCCUCCAGUCUAACCCCUACUCUACCUACACUGCCUCUUUCCCCAACCAAAGCCCCGCCUCUGGUCUCUCCCGAGUCCAGAGCCACCCCUCACUCCCUACUUCACCCUCCACAGCCCCUCCCACACCUCAAUGGCCUCCCCCUGGCCAACCUCUCUUUUCUCUGGCCAAUGUUCUCUCUUUGGCCAUGAGUGUGGCCCAGUCCUUCAUGCCCCCACCUGGAGCCCCCAACCCAGGCUUUCAGCCCCACCAGCACCCUGCAUCUCACCCAUUUGCCUCCCCUCAAGUCACCCUCUCUCCCCCCAUAUCUCCAUCUUUAAAUCCUAAACUCCAUUUCCCAAACCAUACACCUAUACACACUUCCUUCUCCCAGCAUCUGCCCUACCCCUCACCCACACCUCAGACAGGCUCUGCCCUGGACAGCCAACAGGUGGCAAUGUUCGACUGGACUCCAGAAACUCCUCAGCGUAACAGUCCAAGCCAGUUGAAGUUCAGCUCAGCUCCACCUCCUGGUUCAGAGACUGCCUCUGCUCCCAGUCCCAUCAGUGCUCCCGAUUACAGCAGAGAGCUCUCUGACUCCUCCACCACCUCCUCCUCCUCCUCUUCACCUCCUCACAACAGAGUGUCCCCCCCUGUCUCCCCAUCACCCAGGCUGUCCCCCAUACUGGAAGCAAAGAAACCUCCAGUCCUCAACAUUGGUCGUUUCCAGGUGACGCCCUCCGAUGAUGCCACGGGCGUCCGUCAUGAGCCACGCCCUCUAAACCAGGUCACGCCCACCGCCCACUCCCCGCCUCCCUCCAGGAAGAACCAGUCAGAGAGUAACACAGGAAGCAGCACAGAGGAGCAGAGUGAAUCAGAGAGCAGCAUCAGCACAGUGAAGGUCUCCCCAUCUGAUCGUCCCCUGGGUUACCACGACAACUCUGGGGGUCAGCGGCAGAGUGUUGAGGAGGGGAAGAAGAGGUCAGAGGAGGAGGUGGAGGAGCGGAGGAGGAGCGGGAGCCGCAGGCUGAGCGUCAGUCUGUGGGAGGGGUCAGCCAGCGGCCAAUCACGGAGCCGCUCUGCGACCUACAGCUCUGACGAAUCAGAGAGCGAAAAUGAGGACACGUGGAAGGAGAUUCAUGAGCUUCGCGAAAGACACCUGGUGGAGGUGCAGAACCUGCAAGUCAGUCAGAAGCGAGAGAUUGAGGAGCUGUACUGGAAGAUGGGUAAAGUCCCGCCCCCCGGUAUCGUCCCUCCCGCCGCCAUGCUCAACCACCGUCAACGUCGCCUCUCCAAGUCUGGAAACUAUCCUCCUUUGCGUAAAAACAGCCUGCAGAGACUGGAAGUACUGCCCCCUGCAGGCAUCAUGAGGAAGCGCUCCGUCAGCGGCGGCAGCAGCAGCGGAUCUCAGGAGAGGCCAGGGAAAGGCGUGACCUUCGCCACUGAAUACAGCUUCAUGUGAUGAGCUGCUGCGGAUGUGAAGACGAUCACAGAUGAUGGAAACCGAGGAGCAACAGCAACAAAUAGUGCAAUAUUUAGUUCAAUUGCAGAGAGUCUGAACUGAUACUCAAACAUUUUAGUGACAUAUCAGCACUUUAUGAAGAACCUAUUAAGCCUUGAUGAGUCUCACUCAGUUUAUUUUAACUUGUUUUUAUCACGUCAAAUUCAGCUCAUACGCGAGGCCUUUUAAACCGAACUCACCAGAGGCCUGAGGUCAAAUCACGACACCUGAAUGAGAACAUGUUUUUUUUGCCUCAUUCUAAAGAUUUAUUGUUUUUCCUCGUCACUUAAGAGUCCCACAAAAACACUUCAGCACAAUCUCUUCAUGUUGUGAGCCAAAGAAACUACAACAGCAAGUAUUUGAUUAAAUUCUAACAGGAACAUCUGCCAAAGUCAUAACCACACAGAUGGGGGUUUUUUUUCCAAUUGAUUUUUUAAAUAUAUAUACAUAUAUAUUUUUUUGUGGUUGCUGCUCAUUCAGUCACAAAGAGAAACACUGAAGAAGUGCUCAGGUUGAGUUUUCACCACAUUUGCAUAUGAUAAAUUUUGUGCCACCUGAAUCACAGUGUGCCUUAUUUAUAAAACAGUAAUAAGUUUAUUAUAAUGUGAUGUGUGCCAUAUAAAGUGAUGUGUGAUGACUGAUGAAGAGACGUGAAGAGAUGAGCUGUGUGUUUGUGUGAAGGUUGUUUUGAAUAGAUCAAAUACUUGAUCUGAUGUUUGAAAGUUGAAUUAAAGUUACCUCAAACUAAAAA